UGGCUGGUUCAAUCUUUUCCUGGCUCCUUCACCGUCUCCGCUUCUAUUGUCACCUUCACUCCCGCCGAUCUACUGCAUCAGCACCUGCCUUCCAUGCCACCAGCUCUCAACCUACAACCACCACCGCCCAUCGAUAUAGCGAUACUAGCGAUUCAUUCCUCCUCCUAGCAACAAUGGCCGGCCAGGGACCGACCUCACUUGCCAUCGAAGGUGUAAUCUUUGAUCCUACCACUUCUCUCGGAGACUUCGAACGCCAAUUUGCCGGGGCAGAAGGCUACCUUGGAGCCAGAAUAUCAAACACCCGCAAUGACAGCAUCGGAAGGAUCCUACAAGACUUUGUGUUCGAAUUUUCAACAGCCUCAGAAGCCGCCAAUGCCCUUCAAGCCAAGCCUAAUCUCAUGGUCAACACCCGAUCUUACCCUAUCGUACCACAUGGCGGUGAUUUUGGGGACCCUCAAUAUCACAUCGGAGACGACGAACAACCAUCUGUCGUGCGUUCCAAGAAACGGGCGAAGAAAGACGAAACAUCUGGAAAGCUGCAAUGCAAAAUCUGCUUCACUGAUCUAGAGGAUGCCUAUUCUGUUCCAUGUCGACGAUGCAAGGCUCCUCGAUGUCACGACUGCUUGGAACGUGAUUUCAAAGUCUCCAUGACGGACAUGGAUAGGAUGCCGGUCAGAUGCUGCACUACAGUUAUGCACCACGAAGUCGCCAAAGGCAUCCUCACCGCAGCUGAAAUUGAAGCGUACAAAUCCAGAUUUGACGAGAUGAACACCAUCGACCCACUCUACUGCCCCGUGCCGACGUGCUCUACCUUCAUUCCUCCUCGCAUGUUUAGCCAAGACGACUCCGAGGUGACUUGCCUUGUUUGUGACACUCGGAUUUGUACAAAGUGCAAGCAACUUGCCACCCCGGAACACACUUGCUCAGAGAACCAUGAACGUCAAUUUAUACUCAAGACAUUUGAAUACAAGACCUGUCCAAAGUGUGGGACUGGAGUGGCAAAGAUGUACGGUUGUCCGCAUGUGCGCUGUCCGUGUACGGCACAUUGGUGUUGGGACUGUGAGCGACCCAUGAACGCAUGCUAUCAAAAGCCUUGCCAGGCCUCUCGAGACGGUGGUAUACAUUCAGAUGGUGGAGAUGAGGAUGAGGAUGACUCCGAAAACGAGGCCGCCAAUUCUCAAGAAGAGCAAGGAGGAAAUGAGGCUACAUCUUCAGGACCAAAUCCUGCACCAGAGCAACAAACCAGGGCAAUUGUUGUUUCCCCAGUCUCAAACAACGCAAAUCAUGAGAGAAAUGUCAUUGAUGACGUCUCGACAGAACGGCAGAGCGCUCCAGUACCUGCCGUUGACGCUCAGACAGGCAUCAUUAUAGAUGUCAGCAAUAUGCUUACAAGGCCAACUUCCGAUGGAAACCCAGGCUUCUCCGCCCUACUGACUGCUAUAGCGAUGCAAACCUCCGAGGAUCGAACAGUCAACGGAGAAGUCACGACACCGGGUGAUGCUCAGAUGGUGGAGACGGAGGCUUCUCGCAAUUCCACGAUCCAAUUGAACACCGUCGCGGCCAGUGAUCCGGAGAUCCUUACCGCCGACUCGAACGAAAUACAGGCUCCUGACACCCAGGUCAAUGGAACGGGCACACAGGAAGAAAGUACCGACCCCACGGGAGCACACGAUGCCACCACACAUAUAGAGGCACCCAUCACGGACCAGCCUGUGAAUUUGGAUGACCUUUGGAAGUAUGACUGGGAAGCUAUGUCUCUUGAUUUUGGAGAAGAGCCCACAGACGAGACCUGGGACGUCUGGGGAUGCCGACAUCGGUUUACCAACUUCACAGCAGCGGCAAUCCCCAAAUUUUGGAUCGUUGAUGUUGAUCCUACCAAAGCUGAAAACAUUGAGGUUGAAUGUAUGGCAUGCUUUAGGAAGACGAAGGUCUGGGACUCCAAGUCCGCUAUGAAGGAGAAAUUGGAAUCGGGGAAGGCUUCUUCUGGUGGCGAAGCGUCCGAUAUCAAAGUUAGAAAGUCGGAGUGCUCGUUUGAGUGUAAGUUGUGCGGAGUCAUUUACUGUGGCUCCUGCAAGAAUGCGGCAAGAAAGCGAAUCAAGAAGGAGCGAAAUGCCGCGGACAUGGUUUGAGAGAGACGAAGUUGAAUGUACGACAAUCCACCACCGGCUGAGGAGGGUUUACCAGAAAGAGUCACUCAGUUCAUCGAGUCGUGUUGGUGUCAUGGAUGCGGUGCGUCACGGUGGCUGGUCCUGGAGUUUGUGCCUUGUAGCGCCCGUCCAUCGAAAGCUAG